AAGCCCGCAGUGCUACGCGCCGCAUUUGCACUUCCAGACGCGUCAACCUGCAACCCCUCGGUCAGCAAAGCCAGAAUUGUCAGAAAAACGCGUCGUGAAUGAGGUUGAUUGAGAUACAGACGUACAGGACCCCUUUGCAUAGAAUACCCAUGCUGUCUUAGACUGCGCGCACCUUGACCUCGACUUUGUUGCUGUGAGCCACCAUGGCCACCGGGAAAGAGAUUUACUCAGCGACCUACAGCAAUGUACCCGUCUAUGAGCUCAAAAUCGGCAGCGACCAUAUUAUGCGACGUCGCUCUGACGACUGGAUCAAUGCUACCCACAUCCUGAAAGUCGCAGGAUUCGACAAGCCUGCCAGAACGAGAAUCUUGGAACGUGAGGUGCAGAAGGGAGUCCACGAGAAGAUUCAAGGCGGAUAUGGCAAAUAUCAAGGCACAUGGAUCCCUUUGUCGGAAGGUCGCAUGCUUGCCGACAAGCAUGGAGUCCUCGAUCGCAUUUCCAACAUCUUCGACUUCGUCCCAGGGGAUCGAAGCCCACCUCCGGCCCCGAAGCAUACAACUGCUGCCUCUAGUCGUCCAAGACAAACCAAACAAGCGGCGCACUCCAAGAAGGUCCCCGCACCCCAACCUGUGCAAGCUUAUCAACCAGCCGAGAGCUACUACGACACUGCUAGCGCUCAAUACAAUGGAACAGAAAGCCGAGAUCCGUCCCCAGAGACCGCCUCCUUCAUGGCUGAAGACGACUUUCUCCCUCUCUCGCAGAAUUCGACCGCAUCCCGCAAGCGUAAGCGUGACCGUGACAUUGAAGAGCCCAUGAGCACCGUGUCCGAGCUGGAACACACCUGGUACGGCGAUGAGUUGCUUGACUACUUUGUAGCAGCUGGUGAUGAUUCCGCUCCGUCACAUGGCCCACCUCCAGUACCUCCCGCGAACUUCGACGUCGACCGCCCCAUCGACAAUAUGGGAAACAAUGCUCUGCACUGGGCAUGCGCUAUGGGCGAUGUCCGAGUGGUUCGCGAUCUGCUGGCUCGCGGUGCUAAUGCCGCUGCGCCCAACCAGACAGCCGGAGAAACUCCCUUGAUCCGUGCGGUACUGUUUACCAACAACUACGACAAGCAAACCUUCCCCAAGAUCGUCCAAGCGCUUGCCGGAACUAUCGUGGAGCGCGAUUGGCAUGGUGCGACCGUUUUUCAUCACAUUGCCGAGACAGCCCGAUCUAGGAGUAAAUGGAACUGUGCGCGGUACUACUGUGAGGUGUUGAUCAACAAAAUGCAGGAAAUGGGGUCGAACUAUGUCCAGGCUUUACUAACCUCAGUCGAUGCGUCUCACGACACAGCUGCCUUGUGUGCCAUCCGUAAUGGAUGUGUAAAGGUCGCCACGUUUCUUCUCAACCAUUGCCCUGAAGCAGGUGACAUCCAAAACCUGAAAGGCGAAACUGCGAACGAAUAUCUUCGAGCCCUGCGAGAGAAGAAAGAAACGCUCCAACAACCUGGGUCUUCUCCGCCGCAUGCUGGUGAGUCAUUUGCUGCAAAGCAGCUUCGGCGCAAACGCCAAAAGGAAGCGGUGUCCCGGGCAGGCUCGGUAGUUCUCAGUAAGCUCGGUGCUGUUCUCGACGAAGGCAGUAUGAAGCUGGCGGAGAUGUACGAUUCACAGACGAAAGAAAAGGAUAUGGGGAUCCAAGAAGCCAAGCAGGCACUGUCUGCCUUGGAGGCUCAGCGACACAAAGUCCGGCACGAGACCUUUUUCCUUAUGGCCAAGGCCGAAGAUGCUUCGCGAGUUCCAGCUUUGCGGCAGGAGUAUCAGAUGUUACUACGCGAAAUGGAAUCCUUGUUGGAACAGAAAGAGCAUCACACCCUCCAGAAGGAGGUGUUGCAGCAAGAUCAACAGAUCAAUCCUCAAGCCUUCCGCUUGACCAAUCCUCGAUCUCUAUAUCCAGAUGAGAUCCGCGCUUCGCUUCCCUGGGCGGCAGAGUUGAAUGACCAGCAACACAAGCGGAGAAAAUGGGUAUCGGAGAUAGCACAGUUGCUCGCGGAGGCCGGUACCAGCGAAAGGGUCGGCAAGCACCGAAAGCUGGUGGCCCUCGCAACUGGCUUGAAGGAAGAGGAUCUGGAUAAUAUGUCUGAGGAGCUGUUGGAGAGUUUAAAGGCUAGCCAGGGGAAUGGCACCCAGACACCACCUCACAUGAUGAAUUGAGUUUCAGCAGCCAUACUGGCCUGCAGGAUAUUUCUGUAUUUCGGCUUUACGACGACUAUGAGUUAUGAACUAACUGAGCUGUUUGCUUUGUCUCCUGAGAGACGACCACAGCAGCACACUGCGAGAGUUAUUAGAUGAAUAAUAAUUAUUGAAUUUCGAA